AAGUAGUAUAGUUUCUUUAGAACUGUACAAAAGCAAAGCACAGCACAAAGGGCCGAAAGCCAAACACAUACAUAACGCACACAAAAGACAAACAUCAGAAUGCCGAUUUCAAGAAUAGCGGUGGGAACUCCGGCGGAGUUCACUCAGCCGGACGCCGUCAAGGCCGCGGUGGCUGAGUUCAUCUCAAUGCUCAUUUUCGUGUUUGCUGGUGAAGGCUCCGGCAUGGCUUUUGCGCAGCUAACUGCUGGUGGACCAAGCACGCCUGCUGGCCUCAUUUCGGCAUCCAUAGCACACGCUUUCGCCCUCUUUGUGGCCGUUUCGAUUGCAGCUAACAUCUCCGGUGGCCACGUGAACCCGGCCGUCACCUUUGGUGCCUUUGUAGGUGGUCACAUUUCAUUGUUCAGAAGCAUUCUCUACUGGAUUGCUCAGUUGCUUGGAUCAGUUGUUGCAUGCUUGCUACUCAAGUUUGCCACCGGUGGACUGGAAACAUCAGCAUUCGCGCUUUCAUCAGGCGUCACAGAGUGGAACGCCCUGGUCUUCGAAAUAGUGAUGACCUUUGGGCUAGUGUACACAGUUUACGCCACGGCAGUAGAUCCCAAGAAAGGCGACAUAGGGAUCAUUGCCCCCAUCGCCAUCGGCUUCAUCGUCGGGGCCAACAUCUUGGCUGGUGGGGCGUUUGACGGGGCAUCCAUGAACCCGGCGGUGUCCUUCGGCCCUGCCGUCGUCAGUUGGACUUGGACGUGGAACAGCCACUGGGUGUACUGGGUCGGCCCAUUUGUGGGCGCAGGAAUUGCUGCUCUUGUCUAUGAAGUCCUCUUCAUCAACCAGAAUGGUCAUGAACAGCUCCCCACUACAGAUUACUAAGGGAUCGAUAUAUGUAUUUGUCUUUUCCUUACAUUUACAGUGUUUGUUCCCAUUUGCUGACGGUGGCUAAGGCCACUGGCUUUCGUCGUUUAUUGUCUGUUUUAUCAGUUGUCUUGCUUAUAUGGAAUCAAUUCUGCCUUAAAUUUCAGCCUGUCA